AUGGAUCUCUCACCCUGUGCUCCUGCUGUCCAUCUCUGUUGUCCACAACUCUGGGUGCAUUCCCAAUCAUUAAACGGAAGUCAUCCUUUUUUACGUGGGAUUUUGUACAAGCGACGUGGAAUUAUGUCUGACGGCGAAAGGGAGGAUUCUGCCCCUGCUGGAUCAUUAGAUCUUUACACUGCUCUUCAGGAAGUCCUGAAAACUUCUCUGAUCCAUGAUGGACUUGAGAGAGGUCUUAACCAAUGCUGCAAAGCAUUAGACAAGCGUCAGGCUCAUUUGUGCAUUUUGGCCAACAAUAUUGAUGAACCUGCAUACACCAGAUUGGUUGAAGCUCUUUGCACAGAACAUGGAAUUAACCUGCUUAAGGUUGAUGACAGCAAAAAACUUGGCGAAUGGGCUGGUCUUCGUAGAAUAGACAUGGAAGGCAAAGCCAGAAAAGUCAAUGGCUGUGGAUGUGUAGUGGUCAAGGAUUAUGGAAAAGAAUCCCAAGCCCUGGACAUUCUUAAUGAAUAUUUCCGUUCUAAGAAAUAA